AUGAGGGUGUCCGUGCCGGGUCCGGCAGCCGCCCGCGAAGCCUCGACGCCCGGCGGCGGGGGUGGCGGAGGCGGGGGCGCCGUCGCUGCUGCCUCGGGCGCCGCGGUGCCGGGUUCAGUGCAGCUGGCGCUGAGCGUCCUGCACUCCCUACUCUACGCCGCGCUCUUCGCCUUUGCCUACCUGCAGCUGUGGCGGCUGCUCCUGUACCGGGAGCGACGGCUGAGUUACCAGAGCCUCUGCCUCUUCCUCUGCCUCCUGUGGGCAGCGCUCAGGACCACCCUCUUCUCCGCCGCCUUCUCGCUCAGCGGCUCGCUGCCCCUGCUCCGGCCGCCCGCUCACCUGCACUUCUUCCCGCACUGGCUGCUCUACUGCUUCCCCUCCUGCCUCCAGUUCUCCACGCUCUGUCUCCUCAAUCUCUACCUGGCGGAGGUUAUAUGUAAAGUCAGAUGUGCCACUGAACUUGACAAACACAAAAUUCUACUGCAUUUGGGCUUUAUACUGGCAAGCCUUCUUUAUUUGGUGGUGAACUUGACUUGUGCAAUGCUAGUUCAUGGAGAUGUCCCAGAAAAUCAAUUGAAAUGGACUGUGUUUGUUCGAGCACUUAUUAAUGAUAGCUUGUUUAUUCUCUGUGCCAUCUCCUUAGUUAGUUAUAUAUGCAAAAUUACAAAAAUGUCAUCAGCAAAUGUCUACCUCGAAUCAAAGGGUAGGUCUCUGUGCCAGACUGUCAUCGUAGGCUCUGUGGUCAUUCUCCUCUACUCUUCCAGAGCUUGUUAUAAUUUAGUGGUUAUCACCAUAUCUCAGGAUACAUUAGAAAGUCCAUUUAAUUAUGGCUGGGAUAAUCUUUCAGAUAAGGCUCAUGCAGAAGACGUAAGUGGAGAAGACUAUAUAGUAUUUGGAAUGGUCCUCUUUCUAUGGGAACAUGUUCCAGCAUGGUCGGUGGUCCUAUUUUUCCGGGCACAGAGAUUAAACCAGAACUUGGCACCUGGUGGCAUGAUAAAUAGCCACAGUUACAGUUCUAGAGCUUACUUUUUCGACAAUCCAAGACGAUAUGAUAGUGAUGAUGACUUGCCAAGACUGGGAGGGUCAAGAGAAGGAAGUUUAUCAAAUUCACAAAGUUUGGGCUGGUAUGGCACCAUGACUGGGUGUGAAAACACCACUUACACAGUCACCCCCCAUCAGAAUGGACCUGUGACAGAUACUGCGCCUUUGCUCUUUACUUGUAGUAAUUUAGAUAUGAACAGUCACCACAGCUUAUAUGUAACUCCACAAAACUGAUAGCAUUUCCAAGCGUGAUUCCUGAAUUGCUUUUCAUGAAUGUGUAUGCAUAGUGUGUUUAAAUUCCAUCUACAUCAACAUUCCAUUAUCAUUUGCAACUGAAAAUGAAAUUCUGGAACUGUGGCUGUUUUGGGGAGAACACUGCUGGUU